AGAAAAGCUGUCCUUAACCCCUGUAAAUAAAACAUAACCCUGGAUCGGGAAUUCUAGCGGUUGAUCUCACCUUCGACGAAACGCCUGCUGUUGCCGGCUUGUCUCACGACUUUGUUGUCAGGGAUGAGAAGAGAAGUAGAAGAUGUUCCAGAAUUGAUGCAUCAUAUACAAUCACGGUUGCCAGUAAAAGAAGCGGCCCGCACGUAAGUCAUGGCUACUCGCUUGGUCAACCAUCCCUAUCCUCAGGUUCAAUGUCGGAAGAGGAAAGAGCAUGAAGUUGGUGGACGUGGACAACACUCUGAUAAGGUAUCUCCGUGACAACAAACCAAUCGAAAGGUUUGAUCUUAUGAUCGACAUCGAGAACCAGGAGUCAGCUUCUCAUGCUGAAAAAUGGAUCGGAACCAAAAACAAAACUUGUCUUAAAGAGUUUAUUUUGUCAACCAACCUUUAUGGUGCCUCGUUUACUUUGCCAGAUGAGUUGCUCUUGUGUGAGAACCUAACUAAGAUACGAGUUUCAGCUACAAAGGGGAUCCAUUCUGUUUUGAUGACGACUAGCCAGCAUCAACAUCCUGUGAUAAUUAACUGUUUCUCCCUACGAGAACUGCACUCGGAUGGUGUGCGCAUAAGUGAAGAGAUACUCCAUGACAUAUUGUCGUCUUGUAGCUUGCUUGUCAAGAUUGAGCUUCUAAAUUCUUGUGAGGGGGUUAAGACCAUCAAGGUUAAAAAGCUUCAACGUCUUUACGAAUUACGAAUACAUCUAUAUCAUGAAGAUGUACACUCUACUCCUUUGGAAAUUAGUGAUCUCCCAAAUCUUGGUGUUUUCAGCUGCAAUUUACGUCCACGACAAUGGCUAAACCCUCACCCUUGUCUAUUCAACUCCCAUUCAAUAUCAUUAGGAAGCAGUGUGACGGAAUUAAUGUUAGGGGGUGUGAUAUUGGACAAGGAGCGUGUGGACAUGAUCAAAUCGGAAUUUCCUUUCCUCGAGAGUUUGACUCUUCAUAUGACAUCUUGGAUGUUGGGAAGCUUCCAUUUCACAUGUGCUUCCAUCAAGAGACUUUACUUGCUGUUGUGCCCAGACAUACUUAUCGACGUACAAGUUUAUGCUCCAAAAUUACUUUUUUUUCCAGUUCAGCGGCGACACAUUGCCUAGUCUCUUGUUUCCAGUUUCGUCUCUCAAGCGGACCACGGUUACACUCUCACUCCGCCUCCCUGUUGAUGCUAAUUUUUUUCUUAAAAUGAGGGAAACACUCAUGUUAUCGCGCGUUUUCUACCUUGAUAUAACAAGUGAGAAAUCUAUGCUGCCAUUAGACAUCGACAUCGAUGAUCUAAAAACAAGGCUCCGGUUUCCUCCUGCUACAAACGUGCAACAGCUGUCGUUUGGAACGAUUGGGGAUGAAUGCCUGUGGGAACGAUCCCCAUUUUUUGAUGCAUUCUUUGAGAUUUGCCAUCCCAAGCACGUAUUUGCAAAGCCAGAUGCGUGGUUAAGACAAAACAAUCACUUUUGCAGGAUCAUGCUGAGGGAGGUCUUGGAGAAGAAGACCACAACCGCGAAAUGGCCUCAUCACCUGAAGCAUGUUCAAAUAAAACAGCCUCUUCAUAAAAUUUGGAAAACCCUAACAAAUUCCAAGAAAAGCUUUCUAGAUGGGUCGACUCCUGGUGUCUGGCUCCAGUUCAAACUCCAGUGGCGAUAACCAUCAUGUUUUGAAAACCAAAUUUAGUUUCGACUAUAUGGAUCCAUAUUUUGAAAAUCGAAAUCAAUUUCGAUUCACUUAAUGGAUUGGAUGGAAACGAUUUAUCUAAACGAACACCUCUACCCCCAACCCCCUUUUUUUAAUACAAUAGUUUGUGCAACACUACUUUGAAUACGAUGAGACAGAUGGAUCAGUGAACUAGAUUUGGCGUCAAGUUUCUUUAAAACUUCCACUUAUUAAACUAAUGAUUAAUCGUGAUGAUAGGCUUGUCAAGAGACAAUUAACCGAACCCUAUUGUUCUUGCAUUCGCACAACCCAAACAGGGAUCCAUACAUCACUAUGAAGAAGAUUGUUGUAUGAAUGCUUCUUGACACAAACUAAAUAUGAUCAUUCUUGAGAUUAUGAGGAUGUAGUCGCUAGUUUUAUGAAAAUAGGAAAGUUUUAGUAGUCGAUUUGAACAUAGAUGGGAGAAUUAAAGAAGAUGACUAGCUAUACAGUAUGAGUUCAUGUUGUACCAUGGAAGGAUUUAGGGUUUUAGCUAUUUGAGAUGAUGAUUUUGAGGGAUGUAAAUGACUUUUGAGCUAUGAAUUAUCAUUUUUGUUUCGUUGU